GGCGCAAACAGUUUUUGUGGGGGAAGCUACAACUAGUGCUGCUGCUGUCACAAGGUCCGGGAGCGGCGAUACGGGAAAUAAAGUAGUGCGCUGGGAGGAAAUGGUGGCGGACGGUAGAGGUUCUGGAACGGACCAAAAAUGUUCCAAGAACGGGGACGAGAUGGAUGCUUCGAUGACGACUUCCGAGCUCCUAGCUCGUUUGGCGAAGCUGCAAGGAGGGCACCGAGCCAGCACUGCCCUUGCCAUUACAGAGGCUGCAUACGAUUUGCUCGAGCAGGAAGACGUAGAGGAAGAGGUAGAGGAUGUAAUUGAGGAAAGUACGCUUGCGGCCGAACUUGUGGAAGAGGAGGCUGCUAUCUGUAAACAACGUGAUGUAAGUGCAACACUACCUCUUCUUCCCCGCCAGCGAGGGGAUACUACUGAAGAAGGGUCGACCACGGGAGAGGAAAAUACGAAGCAGAAGAAAUCUUCGCAGCUCGAGUUUUUGUUACCGUUUGUGCGCGUAUUUGGGCGCACAAAGCCGGACGGGAAGAAACGAAUCGUGGAACGCCUUCAAAGGUCUGGCAACGUGGUGGCAAUGUGUGGCGACGGAGGGAACGACUCUGCCGCACUGCGCCAGGCUCAUGUCGGGGUUGCUAUCUGUGCCGCUCCCGACGACGAACAAGGAGAUCACGAAAGUAAAAUAAGGGAGGACCGCCACCAUGAUGAACAGCAAGACGAAGAUGAAUUCGUCAGGAAGAACAACCUCCAGGAAGAAAACGACAACUCCACUGCGGCGGUCUCGGCUAUCGCCCCCUUCGUCGCGACCGAUCCAUCAAUCUACACCUCGGUUGCGAAACUGGUGGUCGAGGGGCGGUGCUGCCUAGAAAAUUCGGUGAUCAUCGUUCUUUUCUUCAACAUUGUGGGGCUGAGCUGGUGUCUCGGACCCAAGUUUCUGGUGCAAGCAGUGGGCGCCUUUAUGCCGAUGGGCAUGUGGUUCUACGUCGACGCGGUGUGUUUCAUGGGUUUGCCUUUCGCGAUCGCCCAGCUGGAACCGGCGGAGAUGGGAAGAGGUGAAGCUGCAGAGUCGCGCGGGAGCAAGAACACUCCCC